AUGUUGAAUCUUGAAGAGGUCUUUGAGAAGCUAGAAAUUUCCUCUGAAAAGCGAUGCCAGAUAAUGAAAAAGGAGCAGGUUGUGAGGAACAUGGAGAGGAUAUUCCCUGGAAGAAACAUGUCGAACAGGCUACUGUAUACAUUGGCCUGCACGGCGCCGAGGGGUGCAGAUAUCGAGUUAUUGGCAGGCCUAGUUGACAGCGGGGUUAUUAAGCACGAAAGCAUGCUGAAGGAAUGCUUGAAGCGCAUGGAGAAAAGGAGCUUCUCGGCAGAGGAUAUGGUUGCCUUUGUAAAGGAGAACGAGGUUAGUUUGGAGGAUAUACAAAAGCAUGUAAACAAGAUGAGGGGCGAGGGACUAUCUAAGAAAGACAUGAUCAGUAAGGCACGAAGGAUCAUGCCUUGUGCAGACUUCAAGAUGGUGAUCGAGGAAAUAAACAAAGUCCCCGAAGGCACCGACGGACAUGUAGAAAGCCUGGAGGGGGGAGAUUGGCUCGAGGAGGGAGAGAUCAGAAAACUCCCAAGGCCUGGAGAGACCCCGCAGGUGAGUGAAGAGAUAAGACAGGCGCAUCUGAGGAGGACUGGAGGAAGGGUGGUUACAAGGUUUCCCCCCGAGCCAAAUGGGAUUCUUCACAUUGGACAUGUGAAGGCGAUAAAUCUAAACUUUGAGUAUGCCAAGAAGUUUGGAGGGUAUACCUACCUGAGAUAUGACGACACAAACCCGAGGAAUGAGGAGCCAGAGUACUUUGAUUCGAUUUAUGAAGAUGUCCUGUGGCUUGGGUUUGAGCCCUAUAAGGUUACGGCCUCGAGCGAUUACUUUGACAAGAUGACUGAGUUUGGAUUCCAGCUGAUAAGGAAAGGGAAAGCAUACAUCUGCCAUCUUUCACAGGAGGAGAUAUGCGAAAGAAGGAGAGAAUUUGCAUCAAACAACAUGAAAGACAGAUCGUAUUUGAGCCAGUACAGAAACAGGUCUGUCGAAGAAAAUCUAAGGAUCUUCCAAGAGAUGAUUGAUGGCAAAUGGGGGGAGGGAAAGGCAUGCCUCAGAUUUAAGAUGGACACACAGACAAAGAAUCCUCUAAUGCUUGACCUGGUGGGCAUCCGAGUUCUUGAUGCAGUGCAUCCUACAAAGAAGGUGAAGUAUCCUGUGUACCCGACAUAUGAGUUCGCUCUCUGUGUUUCCGAUAGUUUGGAGGAUGUGACGCACUCUUUCUGCACAAGAGAGUUUUUUACAAGACAGGAAAGCUACAACUGGCUGCUUGAGCAGCUCGAGAUAUACAAGCCCAUCCAGUGGGAAUUCAGCAGGCUGAACAUAAGUAACACUGUUCUGAGCAAAAGGAAGCUAGUGCCACUGGUAAAAUACGGGAUAAAGCUAGAUGACCCCAGGCUCUUUACAAUAAAGGGUAUGAGGAGAAGAGGCUUCCCUCCAAAUGCCAUCAACCAAUUCUGUAGAAGCCUUGGGCUAACCUUUUCGGAAACAACGGUCGACGUGAAAAAGCUUGAGAAUUUUGUGAGGGCUGAGCUUAACAAAACCGCCAGGAGGGUUAUGUGUGUGAAGGAUCCAUUGAAGGUGACCAUAGUGAAUGCUGAGCCCUUCAGCAUAUCCAUUCCAGACUUUCCCGGAUCGGAUGUGACGAGGGAUGUUUCUUUCACUCCUGUUAUAUACAUAGAGAAGUCUGACUUUAUGGAGAAGGGAGGCGAAGACUUCUUAAGGCUUACUCCUGAGCAGCCUGUUGGCCUGUAUAUGGCCUAUCCUAUAAGGGUUGUAAAGGUGACUGAUGACGGGAUACUUGCGGAGAGAUGGGACGGAGUUCCAAAGAAGUUCAUACACUGGGUUAGCUCUGAUGCUGUCAAAGUGGAAAUGCGAAUGUACUCUCCUCUCUGGACAUCGUUCAGCCCAAAGGACUCCACCUACCUUGAGGAAAUGAACAAAGACAGCCUCGAGAUCUUCCAUGGACUUUGUGACAGGAGAAUUGCCGGGGCAAAGGUAGAGGAUAAAUUCCAGUUCCAGCGAAUAGGGUAUUUCUGUGUGGAUAAGGACACGACGGAAGAAAGCAUUGUUGUAAACCUUACUAUUCCCCUUAAGAAUAUUGUUUGA